CCCCUUCUCACCUCUCUCCUCCUCUCUCAUCCUUCCUCCCCUUCUCACCUCCCUCCUCCCUCCUCCUCUCUCCUCGCUCUCCUGACCUCUGCUCUCUGAUUGGAGGAAACACUCAGAAUCAGUUCCCAUACAUCUCUUACCAUUGACCCAUUAGAUCAGUCCAACUAACAUCCAUCAGCCUACGUCCGUCUGUCCUCCUCUAUCUGAUUGUUGUGUUUUUCUUGCAGAAUUAAGACUACUUCCACCAAGCGGUAAAUCAUGAAUCCAAACAGAGCUCUGAGCUGUCCUGCUUUGCUCGGAGAACCGGAGAGAUCCGGAGGACCAGAGAACCAGAGGGAACCAGAGAACCAGAGGGAACCGGAGAACCAGAGGGAACCAGAGAACCAGGGUCAACCAGAGAACCAGAAAACCGGAGAACCAGAGGCAACCAGAGAACCAGAGGGAACCGGGGAACCAGAGAACCAAAAACCCAGAGAACCAGAAACCUGGGGAACCAGAGGGAACCGGAGAACUAGAGAGAACCAGAGACCCGGAGAACCAGACAACCAGAGAGAGCUGGAGAACCAGAGAGAACCAGAGAGAACCAGAGAGCCGGAGGCAACCAGAGGCCCAGAGAAGCGUAGAGCGUGGGGGGAGUCCCCCUACUGGGCCCGGCUCCAGGCCUGUGAUCCCCCGCCAAAGGAGAGCGGCUGUUGGCAGGCCUGUGGACUGGCCUCCUCCCCCCCUCCUCCCCCCCUGCCCCCCCCUCCUCUCCUCCUCCUCCUCCUCCUACAGCUCCCCACGGACCAGAGAACACGCCUGGCAGCACAUCAAUACGACCAGCCUCAACCCCCUCCUCCUGCCCCUCCUCCCCCCUGCAACUUUACUCCUCCACCACCUCCUCCACCUCCUCCUCUCCUCCACCACCUCCCCUCCUCCAGCUCCUCUUCACCCUCCGCCUCCUCCUCCAGCUCCCGCUCCUCCUCCAUCACCUCCAUCACCUCCUCUUCCUCCUUCACAUCCAGCUCCUCCUCCGCCACCUCCUCUUCCUACACCUUCUCCUCCAGCUCCUCCUCCGUCAACUCCCUCCUCCACCUCCAGAAGGACCGUCUACAUGCCUGAACAUGAGCGUCUACAUUUCCAACAUGGAGCAGCACACUGAACUCUGACCUUUGACUCUUGAUUGUACGUCUGGGAUCUCGUACCUGGAGGACCCCUCCUCAGAUAUGAAAAUAAAUGUCCUUUCUAACCCCCUUCCUGUUCCUGAUGAAU